UUAACAAGUAACAAGGGAGUACAAAGUCCACACGACCUUCAAGUGUGUUUGAGGUUAUUCAAGGGCAUAUUGUCUGUUUAGUGGUAGUUAUUGAGAUCUAAGUUAAUAUAGUGUGAAACAAAGAACUUGGUGCAAUGCCGCUUCAUCUUAGCUCCCAUUCUUUCAAUGAAUUGAUUCGAGUUUUGCAAGAGGACUACCCAAGAUCUUUACAGAUGUGCAAUAUACUGAAGGGAAUUCUGAAUAAAGAGUACAGCUUCGAUAUUUUACUGGAUAGAUGGCCAAAUUUUGAGGUUGUUGUGGCAUCGCCUGAAGAUUCUGCUAAACAGGUUGAAGACCAUGUAUCCAGCGUGUACUUCAUCUACCACAAACCAGGCUCAGAAGAUGCAGCCACCAAAUUUCUGCAUAAAGGUGGUGUAAUUGAUUGGAAGUUUCCCCCCUACUUCAGAGCUGCUCCCUCUAGUCUUUAUGGGCCUUUGACAGGGCUAGCACAACAGCAUGGGUACAAAGUAGAACUUAUUGCAAGAACCUAUAUUUAUGUCUUGGAGAAGGAGGAUCUAGUCAUACUACCACCACCAGAAGGAAUGAGGUUGGGCCAUCUGACUAUGGAACACAUAGAUGCUAUGGAGAAUGAAUGGAAGUUCAACUCCUACUUGCCCAAGCAGUCCAAAUUCCUCUCUGUAGCCAUUCAAGACUAUCUGUCAGCUGCUCUGUUUACGUCUACAGGGCAAUGUGUUGCAUAUGUGUGCACAUACUGUUACGGACCUGUGGGCGCACUUUAUGUACUGCCAGAGUGUCGGGGGAAAGGACAUGGCAAAUGUGUGCUUUCGCAGUUGGCACAGGAACACUUUGAAAAAUGGACGGACACCUUACUGUUACAUAGAGACAGACAAUGUAGUAUCACAACAGCUGCAUGAGAAAUUGGGAUUUCGCAGGUUGCCUAACUAUGAGGCAUGUUUCAUGCAGUGUUCACAUCCUGAAAAAGUUGACAGCUAAAACUAGGAUUCAUGGAAAUUCAGCAUCAGGACAUGGCUGGCUGAGGAGUAUAAACGGUUUUUAUUGACUGAAAGUGAAAGCAGCUAAGAUAUGUGUUUUGUAAAUUCUUGAGAUUCAUUGACAGCAUAAAAAGAGAGACAGUGAAAAAGUGCCUGAAAUUAUCAAAGGGAAGUAAAAUGGCUGUCACACACUCUGUCAGGUUUUGUGAAAAAAUAAAAGAAUUUGUUUAAGAUGAGCAAAUUUCUUUGACCAGUGCAACUAAACUACAGGUACCAAUGCAAUGAUGACAUGCCUCUAUUUAUAUUAAAUCAGUAGUGGAGUAAAAUCACCUGUACUACAUACAUUGACAAGAAAUUUGCUCUGAAAUUUCCAACAAUGAGGAGUAUAAGUAUGAUCUUUAAAAUCUCAUCACUAGAAUAAAUGGAUGAUCAUAAAAAUCUGCUCCAAAAUGUUUGACAGGUUCAGAUUAAUACAGAUUUAGGUGUUAUAAUGUCCUUGAUCACUUUAUAGUGUUUGAUGAGACAUUUAUGCCUAGUGUUUUUUAAUAAGCUGCUCAGCUACCCACUAUUCACCUUAUUUUACCCUUUAUUUUAGUUUUGAUUCCCAAUAGCAUGGUUUUAUAUCAGUGCUUUAUAGUUAACAAUACCAUUUGAUGCAACAGAAAUUUAUAUGCCAAAAAGUACAUCAAUAUACAAACAUGCUUUAGAUACUGAAUAUCUGAACAGUAGUUGAGAUUCUAUGAAAAUUUCAGAUGCUGUUAUUUUAACAGACAGUGUAAAGUCUUAAUAUUUUUUCUCUUUAUUUACUUAAGUAUGGUGCCAUUUUAAUGUUCCAGCUUGCAAUCCAUAUUGUGAUAUAAUUUACCUUAUAUUAUCUCAAUAUACAGUGUUAAGUUUUAGUUUUUACAGAGGAAUAUAAAUUUUGAAUUAUACCAAACAUGUUUCCAUUAUGUAUCAUCACCUUUGUCAGUGACAUUUCAAUUGACCCAAUACAUGAAAACCUUAAGUAAAAUUGGGAGAAUAUCUUCACCUUUGUAUAUGAUGUAGGUGGCAUUUCUUUCCUGUAUAUUGAUAGUUUCUCAGGUUUUAUGGUAAGUUGUUCCUCUCCCUUCUAAGUAUUUGUGUUCUGUUUCGAGUGGUACAUGUGGUAGGCAUGUAAUGCUUGAACGAAUAUAAUGCUUUAUUCCUGCGAGUGUGGUCGGAGUAUUAAGUUCAUGUGUUUGCCAUCUUUCUGUGCUUGAAAUGUGUCAUAAUUGAUCUAACUGCCUUAAUUACAUUACAUGUGAAGGAUGUGAGCUAUUUGUGAAACAUGUUUGGUACUUUUCAUUUUGAUUCUUCAAGACUUAAUCUUUACAAUUCUCGUAAAAAAAGAAUCCAUCCUUGAAUAAUCAUGUGACAUAGUAUAAUUGUUACCUUAUAAAUGCAAUAGCUGCUUUUAUUUUUUAAUUGAACUAUUUUCAGCAUACCUUUAAGUUAUGUUCAAUUGGUAUAAACUUGCAGAUAAGGUUUUUAUGGAGGUCCUUUAUGAGAAAGUGACAUAUUAAAAGAUGUGGUUGUACUAUUGGCAGGUAGAUUCUGGAUUUUACUGAGGGGAGGAGGUUGCAAGUGCAAAAUUUAUGUAUUAAUUUUUGUCCAAGCUCUGCUCGUUAUGUUUGCAUGUAAAAAUCAAAGAUGCAAAGGAGGUCAUGCCCCCCCUCCCCCAUUCUUUAACUGUUCAACUCAAUUCAUUGUCUAUAGUGCUUACCUGUAGAUAACACUUCUACAGAUAAGCAUUAGAUUUAUUAGUCUGUUCCAAUUUCCUUAUAACUAGUCAAAGUUUGAAUCUUGUCCAUUUUAGGAUUUAGUAUAUGAUAUUGAACCAAACAAUGCAACUUGAGAGUUACAGAAAAUUGAUUACUUAUACAUAAUAGCUUUUCUUUGUUCAAAAUGUAAAUGGUGAAUAGUAGUAUAUCAUUUUAGUAUAUUUGCUGCAAUUACUCUUUGAAGUUAACUUGUAGGUGUAGAGGUUUGCUUAUAACUUGUAGGUGUAGAGAUUUGCUUAUAUUACAUUAUUUUUAAAAUAUAAGUUUUGUAGAGGAAUGACAUAUGGGAUUGUCCGAAAUCUUCCUAUUUUCUCUUUGAGAUAGCUUUUUCCAAAUGCCCAGGAAAACCUUAUAUCCUUUUCAUGUAUGGAAUUGUUUGCACAUUUAUGCAAAAUAUAAAUAGGGAAUGCUUUUAUCUGUGUACCUGGAUUGCACCAAGUAAAGAAAAAAUGGUCUCACAAAUGUGAAAGCAUAUUUCAACUUGUAACUCAGAAGGGUGGUGAUUGGUAAUCACUACAAAAUUUCGUAGGCUGCCAUUGCCAGGAAAUUCAUUAAAUGUAAAAUUUUUAUCAAGAUCCCAUAUGCUGUCCCUUUAAAUACAAUACUGAUACUGUAGGACUGUAGGCAGCUGUUUCAAAGGGGGG